AUGAGCUUCGGGGAAUGGAUCGACCGGGUGGAGCACUGUAUGGUCGAGGGCUUUUGCGCCCCCUACUUCUCCUACCUCAACACCAUCAUGAAGCAGCUCGGCAAGUGCCUGGUCGUCUUCGUCCACCUCAUCACCAUCUUCAUCGCGAUCACCGGCUUCUGCGUCAUUUUGCCGUAUGAGCAAAGGUAUCAGCCCCUGUGGCUUCUGGCCAUCUACUCGGUGCUGGGCGUCUACUUCCUCAUCAACAUCAUGUACCACUACACGAAAGCCCGGCUGCUGCCACCGCUGCCGGGAUUUGGGAAAUCAGGUGAUCGCUGGUGCGUGGCGUGCCAAAACUGGAAAUGCGAUCGCACCCACCAUUGCUCAGUCUGCCGAACAUGCGUGCUGGGGAUGGACCAUCACUGCAUCUGGAUCAACCAGUGCGUCGGCAACCACAACCAUCGUCACUUCUUCCUCUUCAUCUCCCAUCUGACGCUCACCGGGCUGAUGAUCGUUGCGGCGGGCGGGCACUCGUUCUACGACCACAUUUUCAUGUUCGACCACAACUACUGCAAUGUGCAGCUCGACUACGCCCCUUUGCAAGGGCACAUUUGUGAAUUUGGCGAACUGGCCAGGAAUUCGAUCAUCUUCUGCUACAUGCUGUCCUUCCUGCUCUUUCUGCUCGUCGGCGGGCUGGCGUUGUGGAACGUCUACCUCAUCUCCAAGGGCUUCACCUACGUCGACUACUUGAAAGGCUGGGACGGCCGUCCUACCGGCUACCGCAACCCCUACCACCACGGCUUCGUCGAGAACUGGCGCAACUUCCUCGGGCUGCGGCGCAACCGGACGUUCCUGCGCCAUGUGCUGCUCCCCUCGGCCCACCCGCCCAUCAUCCUCGACCAGAACGGCGAGCUCGAGAUCGGAUUCCAGCCGCUGAACACACACGCGAGCCGCAGCGAGUCCGACGAGAUGCUCGUA